UACCGAAAAUAUUUACAAAUGGCGGAGAGUCGAUUGAAAAAGGAACUUUUCGACAUUUCAAGAUUUCCUCCUCCAGGUUGCUCGGCAGGAAUCGUCGGCGAGGAUAUAUGCACGUGGCAAGGAUCGAUAGCGGGACCAGAUGAAAGUCCAUACUAUGGAGGAGUAUUCUUCUUACUUAUAUUGAUUCCUCGUGGUUAUCCUAUGAAACCACCAAAUGUGAAAUUUACCACAAAAAUUUAUCAUCCAAAUAUUGAUCGAAACUCAGGAGAAGUAUAUUUGGAUAUACUGCAUUCUUAUUGGUCACCAGCUAUAAGUAUAUCAGCAAUAUUACUAAGUAUAACAGCUUUAAUGAGUUCUCCCUUUCCUUAUAAUUCACAUGAAUCAGAAGCUGCACGUUUAUAUAUAUCAGAUAGGAAAACAUACGAUGAAACAGCAGCGGAAUGGACACGAGUAUAUGCUAUGUAAUAUGAUCAACAGUUUUUCUUUUAUAUACAUCGUUUAAGUUUCAUUUUGUAAAACGAAACUUAGACAAGUCUUACUUU